GCUAGCAAUCACAUGAAAGGGUGUCUCGAGGCGCUCGCGCCACUCAACAUAUCUGUGCGCGACACAAUGCGUUUUGGCGAUGGAUCACUCGUUGAGAUUGAGGGUAUUGGCUUUAUGAUGCUCUAGACCAAGACAAAGAGCUAUAAGGUGCUCGUUGAAGUCUACUUUAUUCCAAAAUUGAAGAGCAACAUUGUUAGUCUAGGUCAAUUGGAGGAGGGGGCUGCAAGAUUGUGGUUGAGGAUGGAUUCUGCAAUGUGUUUGGCAUCGAGCGCUCACUGCUAUGGCAUGUUUGCUAUGAACACCUCAAUUUUCAGGCACUGAGCUCGGCACAAAAGAGUAAAGCACUUCACCACGACGCCAUACAUACCACAACAAAAUGGUGUCAUAGAGCACCAUAAUCAUACACUAGGGGUGUAAUCGGAUCGGAUACGAACGGAUACUACUCGUUCCAUAUUUGUAUCCAUAUUUUCUCUCGAAUAAGGAUAUUAUCGAAUUGUAUUGAAUAAGAUUUAAAUGGAUAUCAGCAUCUUAAAUACCCAACUUUGAGUAUAUGGAUAUGGAUAUAAAGCGGAUACUGAAUACCCACACUUAAAUACAGAUCGAAUCUUAGCCUUUUUAGAUGGAUUGAAUUCGAAUACAGAUGGAUAACAUCUGUACCAUUUACAUCCCUACGUAUAUUGGUGUAGAAGAGGAAGAGUGUGCCUAGAGAGUUCAGGGAGAAGCAAUGUAUGAUGGUAUAUUUGGUGAACCGUGCUCCAACAAGAAGCCUCCAAGAAAGAACACUCUAUUAAGCAUGACACAAUAACAACGCGCAAGUUUGCUGUUUCUCCGCUGACCUCUUUGAUCCCGUCAGGCCGUUACCAUCAGUCGACAAAAUCUAAACGGAUUUGUAGUGGGUUUGUUAGUUUUUGGCACCCAAAAUUCCUAUAGCCACCAGGCCCACCACCCCCUUCCUCCCCAAAAGCUUCCUCAAACCACUCGCCAUCUCACCUCAAUUGCCAACAGCCCACCACCACCACGGCCAGUCUCGCUUUCUAGUCGCUUCCGCGUCCUCCACUCGCCGCGCUCCCCAUCCCGGAGCGCGGCACACCGUAGCCCCGCGCCGCAGCGGCUGGCCGGCAUGAAGAGCAUGUGGAAGCAGAGCGGCGGCCUGGUGUGCGCCGACGCCGGCCCCCUCAGCCCUCUCGGAGGCCGCUCGCGGCGCCGCACGAGGCUGACGCUGUACGCGGUCGCCUUUGCCUUCGCCGCGUUCACCGCCUACGUCGCCUUCGCCUCGCCUCCCUCCGCGGGCGCCGGCGCCUCGUGGUUCGGCGGAGUGUACGCGUCCACGGCGCCGUACCGCUCGCAGAUUUCCAGCCUCUUCUCGUCCAUCUUGCCCGCCGACUCGCCCGCCCCCUCGCCAGAGCCGCUGCGCGUCACGUUCGGCGGAUCGGGCGGAGGCGGUGGCCAGGUGACCCGUGAUGCGAGCACUGUGCAAGUUGGGAGCGCGGCGGAAAGCAUCAGCUCUGCCAAGGCUGGGUCUAGUAAGCAGCUGGGAACUGGAGGCGGCGCUCCGAUCGGCAAUGCGGGCGCUCGGAGUGUACCUCCGGCAGUCCAUUUGCCAGGCACUGGAAUUGGCGGAGGCGCAGCUCCAACGAACAGUUCCGCCUCAGGUGUCGGUGCUCCGAACGACGCGGUGGAUCUGAAUAAACGAAGCGACGGAGGCGUUUCUACAGAAGGCGGCAGUGGAUCCCCGGCCAGUAGUUCAGCCGUGCAUGGAACCGCCGCGGAGGUCCGCGAGAAUAGCGUUAAUGGGUCUAAUAAGCAGUCGGGAAAUGGAAGCGGAGCCCUGAGCAAUGCUGCUACCGGACAUGGCAGCACUGUCAGAGCUGAGGCCAAAGUUGCAAGUGAUGUUUCAACCAAUAGUUCUGCUGGGAGUGGUAGCUUGGGGAAGGUAGAUUUGAGCACCGGAUCUUCUAAUAAUCUGGCAGGGAGUGGAAGUGUCGUUUCAGGCAGUGGUUCGGAUGCUGGAAAUAGAAGCACUGUAAAGCCUCAUCCUGGAGAUGCUGUUGGGGCAGGGAGCAGGGGGUCUUCUGGAAACGGCACAGGUACCAUGGUUGAUCUGAAUAAAGGUUCAGAUGCCCAGCCAGGAAAUCGAAAUGGAGAUGCAAGCCAUCAAUCAGAUGUAAGUUCUGGUUUCGAGAAGAGUAAAGGUGCAAAGGUUGUGACGACAGAUGCUCAACCAGACAGUGGAAGUGGAGAUGCAAGCCAUAAAUCACCUGGAAGUUCUAGUCCGGCAAAGAGCAUUGCAGGAGAUGGCGAAGUUGAGGGUAGUAAGAGAAACGUGAGUGUUGUUCCAACUGUUAAUCAAACUGGGAGUCCGGCAUCGGUAGGGCAGAAAGAUGUUGGUUCUCCCAGGAACAACAACACAGUUGGAGCAUCCCCCCCAGUGAAGAACCCGGAACAGACCUGGAGCCAAGUUGCUCCCGGCGGGAGCAGUGGUACAGUGAAUAAUCCGAAAGGAAAUGCUGCUGCUCAGGGCAGUGCUGGUUCAUCAGAGAACCAUUCGGCCCAAGUAAACUCCUCAAAAUCUGGAAAUAACAGCAAGGGUAGCAGGUCAUCAAUAACACAGGAUGGUGGUUCUGGUGGAAAUAAGAAAGGUGAUUGGUACAAGGAAAUGGCUAGUUGCGAUAUGUUUAGUGGGAAUUGGGUUAGGGAUGACUCAUACCCUCUCUACCCUGAGGGAUCGUGUCCUCACAUUGAUGAGCCCUUCGACUGCUACCUCAACGGUCGGCGAGAUCUAGCUUACCAGAAGCUCCGCUGGCAACCCAGUGGAUGCAGUAUCCCAAGAUUGAACCCAACCGAUAUGUUGGAGAGGCUGAGAGGAAAAAGACUGGUGUUCGUUGGUGAUUCGCUCAAUAGGAACAUGUGGGAAUCCCUUGUGUGUAUUUUGAGAAAUUCUGUCAAAGACAAGAGGAAGGUUUUUGAGGCAUCUGGCAGGCGCGAGUUUAAGACGGAAGGCUCAUACUCUUUCCUUUUCACGGACUAUAACUGCAGCGUGGAGUUCUUCCGCUCCCCAUUCCUAGUCCAGGAAUGGGAGAUGCAAGUGAGCAGUGGAAAGAAAAAGGAAACUCUCAGGCUUGAUCUGGUAGAGCAAUCGUCAUUGAAGUACAAGGAUGCAGACUUUAUCAUUUUCAAUACGGGGCAUUGGUGGACACAUGAGAAAACUGCUCUUGGGAAGGACUACUAUCAAGAAGGUAACCAUGUGUAUAAUGAGCUGAAUGUCAUGGAUGCCUUUCAUAAAGCUCUUCUCACCUGGUCCAAGUGGAUCGAUGCCAAUGUUAACCCCAGAAAAACUCUGGUGUUAUUCAGAGGCUACUCAGCAUCUCAUUUCAGUGGCGGACAAUGGAAUUCAGGCGGUGGCUGUGACAAGGAGAGUAAACCAAUAACCAACGAUCAGUACCUUUCAACCUACCCACCAAAGAUGAGCAUCCUGGAGGACGUGAUCCACAAGAUGAAAACUCCGGUCGUUUACUUGAACAUAACGAGAAUGGCUGACUACAGAAAGGAUGCACACCCUUCCAUCUACCGCAAGCAGAACCUGACUGACGAGGAGAGGAGAUCGCCCGAAAGAUUUCAGGACUGCAGCCACUGGUGCCUCCCUGGAGUACCAGAUUCCUGGAAUGAACUGGUUUAUGCUCAACUUCUGAUCAAGCAGCAUCAAAUGCGCCAACAAUAAAGGCAACUGCGGUUUUUUGCUGUGUGCCUGUAUAUGAUCUGUUGUUUUCUAGGAUAAAUGGAUAAUAGUCAACACGGUGGUCGAAGUAAAGUCGACAUGAGACCGAGGAUUUUCUUAAAUCCCGGCUUGUUCGCUGCGGCUUUAAUCCGGCCGUGGCUUCUACAGUAUUUUGUCUCUCUAUAGAUUGCAACUGCGGCUGCCAGCCAGCUGAUGAAUUCCUCAGUUAGGGCUACCUCCCAAUACCCACAUAAAUUCCUCAGUAGAGGUUUCUGGGACAUCAUAUUGUAAAGUUCAUGUCUAUCGGUAAUCUGAAAUAAUAUGAAGAAUAGUAUAGAUGUGAUGAUAUAGA